AGUUGGUGUGGAAUGGUCCAUCUCUCAUAAAGACUUAGAGGCACAGAUCUCCAACUACGGGGGCACGAGGCACAGCAGCAUGAGGUACUACAGAGCUGCCAAAAGGGUCACCUGCAGGAACUGUGACAGACCAGGACAUCUGUCCAAGAACUGCCCCACUCCAAAGAAAGUUCCCCCGUGCUGUCUGUGUGCAGGAAGGGACCAUCUCCAGCACAGCUGCCCUGCUCGUUUCUGCCUGAACUGCUGUUUGCCCGGGCAUUAUUUCAGGGAUUGCCUGGAAAAAGCCUACUGGAACAAACACUGCAACCGCUGCGACAUGAAGGGCCACUAUGCUGAUGCUUGCCCAGAAAUAUGGAGGCAGUAUCACCUAACAACAGAACCAGGGCCCAUCAAGGCAGCUGGUUCCCAGUCGGAGCGCUCCGUGUCCGUGUACUGCUACAACUGUUCCCGCAAAGGACACUUUGGAUAUGAGUGCUCAGAGAGGCGGAUGCAGGGGAGCAUGUUCCCCAGCUCUCCCUUCAUCUACUACUACGAYGAUGAAUGCGACAUCAAGAGGAGAGCGAACAGGUUAAAAAGAAAGGUGGCAGACCUGCAGGAAGCUGGCCUUCUUCCAGAACAGCCCGAAACCCCAUUGCAGGAAGAACAGCUUGAGGUGCACAGCCACAAGAAAAAAAUCAAACUUUGUAAAGAACAACGUGGGAAGCACAGCAGGAAGAGUGAGCACCAAAAGGAGAUGAGGGUGUCCCGUGCAAAGAAAGSCCAAGGGAAGCACAGGAAGGGUGUUGAAAUCCACGGGGAAUCGAAGGGAGACUUCCCUCGGGGGCACAAGCAGAAGGUGUGCAAGGGCAGCAGGGUCCAUCACAAAUCCCUUUUCCAGGCAUUCUCAGGCAGCAAGGCCACGUGUGUGCAGGAGCCUCUGGAAGGUGCCAAAAGGAAGAAGAAAUGCAAAAAGCAGAAAGAUGCUAGUGGUGACAGCAGGGACAAUCUAUUCCUGAUAAAACAGCGGAAGAAKAAGUCCAAACAGAAAUCCUGCUGAUGGGGAGGGAGGCAGGCUGCACUGGCAUUUGCUGGCUGUGGCCCUGCCUUCUCUUCAUUCGAGUCCAUCCCUGAGCCGGCAUGCCGGGCACCCUCACCCACGGCUGGAGGGGACCACUCUGUCUCUGUGAGCUGUAGCCAUGGCAAGCAGGACCCAGUGCUCCUGCCUGGGGCGAUCAGGGAACAGGUUGUACGUUAAUUUUCUUUGGGGAUAUUCUUGGGGAUAUGGGGGCACRCUGGGUUUGGCAGGGUUUGUUUCUUCACCAGUGAGAUGUGGCUCUGCUGUCGGGGCCCACAGCAGGGAGAUUUGGGUCAGCAGGGGUUGGGGUGGAAAGCAGGAAUGCAGGGAUGAAUCGCAUCCCCCCAGCCCCAGGCCCUCCCCAGAGUGCAGGAGGGUUUUUGGCAUUUCCCUCGCCGUGGCAGGGGCAGCCACAUCUCUGCUUUGGGGUGCAGCAGUCACCCAUCUCACUGUCCAGCACGGUGCCAUCAUCCACUGUGCCCCGUGCUCAGCUCUCAGGGCUCCACCCUGUCCUUGGCAGCUGCUCAGCAGAGCAGCAGUGAGCAGCUGGGCAUGGAACAGGGUUUACAUCUCACACUAAAUCUGUCCUUUUCUCUUUCGAUGUGGAAGCUGUUUCUGGAGAAAAAAAAAAAGAGCAGAGCAUGAAGAACAUACUUGGUUCCAGUCACACUGUGCUAAAAUUUAAUUUUUUUAAAGGCAGUUAUUUUUGUACACUGAAAUUCAGCACGUUGUUUUAAGGUUUGUAAGAAUGAAAUGCUUUAUCAAAAGACUAAUGCAAAUAAAACUUUACAUGAGAAA